AUGCCAGAAAACUUUAAGCGCUAGCUUUCUCCAUAACCCAUGGAGAGGAGGGAAGGAGUCUUCUUCCACAAUCCCAUGGGAUAUCAUCUUCUUCUUCAUUUCUCGUUUCCUUCUCUCAUUCCUCUGCUCCAUUUUUAAAGCUAUACGGAUCCUUUUAUGGUGCGAUGCCUACGUUUACAACAGUAGCUUUGGAUAGUCUGAUAGAACCAAAAGCUUCUAAACCAGUGGCAGGAGGGAAAGUUAUCCCUGAACCGAAACUGGAGAGGAGGAAUAGUAACUCUGCCAUUACAAGACAAGGUAGUGGAACUCAUGGUGGUGCUAAUAGAAAGCCCGAUUCGAGGAAUAGCACAAAGACUAUUGAGAGAAAGCAUCAUUGGACUCAGAUUUCACCUGCUCUCUAUGCUACUCCUGAACCAACGCCGCUUCCAGAUUCCCCCUUAUCAUUUCCUCCGUCACCUUACAUUGUUGACCAUAAGCGGCGUGGGCCACGACUAUCCAAGACUUUCUCCGAGAAUAAUGCUCUUCUUCAUACAGCUAUAGACGAGGAAAAGACUGUUAAUAUCGGGAAAAGUGCAGAAGCAGAGGACAUUGGACCUAGCAAGGUAUCAGAUGGCACGGAUACUGUUUCUGGUGGUGUUCAGGAUAACCGUGUGAAGUUUCUGCUUGAUGGAGAUCGUGGAAGAGCAAAGGACCUUGAAUCCAGCAAGGUUUUUGACUCCACAGAUCCUGUUUCUGGUGAUGUUCAGGAUAAACGUAAUGCAGAUAGGCAGGAUAAUCCAAGGAAGUCUGACACAUUGGAACGAGACAUCGAGGUAGAUGAUUUCUUUGACCCUCAUGACUCAAUGAGUGUUAAGAGCAGCAAUGACGGUGAAAGUAAUUAUGAAUCAGAGCGGGCCUUGCAUCACACCGCUCCAUUUGCUGAGUUCUAUGAUGCUUGGGAAGAACUGGCAACUGAGACUGGAAUCCAGCACACUGCAAAUGAUGUUGAGGCUGAAUUAAGUGAAAUGCAAAUGGGCUUUUUGAUUGAGAUGGAGAAAAAGAAGCAAGCAGAAAGCCGCCUGAGUGAUAUGAAAAGCCAAUGGGGGAGGAUCCGGGAACAAUUAUCUAUUGUUGGGCUGACUUUUCCUGCAGAUCCUACAAUGCUGGAGGAUGAACCAGCCAAUGAUCCUGGGGAAGAGCUAUGCCGUCAGGUUAAUCUUCUCCGCUUUGUGUCAAAUGCUGUUGGGAAGGGAAUUGCAAGGGCUGAGCUUGAGGAGGAGUUUGAAGCCCAGUUGCAAUCUAAGAACUUUGAGAUCGCUAGGUUAUUGGACAGACUGCAUUACUAUGAGGCUGUAAAUCAUGAAAUGUCUCAGAGGAAUCAAGAAACUGUUGAAACAAUGCGUUGUCUUAGGCAAAGGAGGAUGAGAAGACAGAAGUGGAUUUGGGGUUCAAUUGCUGCUGCAAUUACACUUGGGAGUACUGCCUUAGCAUGGUCUUACCUCCCAACUGCAAAAGGAUCAUCUUCCACCGACCCUUCUCCUACUCGUACUUCUGAAAGCAACCGUUAAUGACUACCCCAGUGGGGUACGUCGAUGAUGACAUAAGAAGACCGGAAAAAAAACAUCAAUGGUGAAUAGCAGCAUGUUUUCUGGCCUCCAAGAAUGUAUAGUUCCAAAUAAAACAAGUAUGGUGUACGGAAUCUACAUACUUCCAUACGAUAGCGAAUUUGCAACCGUAUUUAGAUCAAUUUCUCUAACAUGAUAGUCUCGUUAGUUCCCCGGUGUCCGGUGACAAUUGCCAUUAGCAUGGAGGUUUUGUCUCGCAGGAAUCAUCCCUUCAAGUCUUUCGGGAAGGUUAUAUCGUACAUAAUACACACAUUUUCGGCAUUAAUUAGCAUGGAUUAACAUUACAUAUUUGGGAGUAAUAAAAGCAUGGUUUACAGUUUACCAAAAUUGCAUGUGUAAUUUGGUCACAGGAUGCAUAAGUGCAUCAAACUGGUGGAAAUGAUGAUGGAUGGAAAAAGAGACCUGAAUUUGGGUUAUCAUUGUGAUAUUGAUGCUGCAUGC